AAAUAUUCCUUCGCCUUAACGAACCCAGAUGAAAUGCUCAGAGGGGUUAGGGUUUUGAAGCGAUCGUUCGUUCCAGGCGAUAUUCUUUCAUGGCAAUAACCGGUGCCUUUCGUCGAUCUCUCCUUGUCCGUGGCCAUCUUUCACCGUUUCCUAGAUCUCUCUUCGCAGCACAAACUCUCCGAUUUGCUUCAGAAUCGUCAUACUCAGCGCCGCCUUCCCGACGAUCUCCUCCUCCACCUCCGCACGAGUUCUUGAAGCCAUGCGACUUCCUGGGCAGCUGGAAGCCGCCGGCCGAUCCCAGAGAGGCGGAAGCGAGGCUCGAUCGCCUACGCAAGGACUACGCGAAGCAGGUGGCUCAGCUACGGAAGGAGUACUCCCACGAGAUGGAGAUUCUGAGGGCGGAGAAGCAGCGCAAGGACGAGGCAAAGCGGGAGGCCAUUCGCCUGGCCAAUGAGAAGCGUAAGGCUGCAAAAUCUGCUGCUGCGGAGACACUGGCCGCCGAGCGCAAGGCUUUCCAGGAGGAGUUUCGCCAAACUCUCGUACGUUUUUAUAUAAAUUUUCUUAGAAAGCCGGAGGUUUUGUUGUAUUUGGCGAUUGUCUUGUAA